UUUGUAAUUGUGGUUUUUUUAAAACACAUGGCUUAAUCAUGUUUUUAGUGAGAAAAUUGAAAUUAAACCCUAUUCAAGCGGUCAACUAUACAUCAAACACAAAGGACACAAAAGCAGUUUGUGUACAAAAUGAUGAAGCAGAGAGUAUUUACGAUUUUCCAGGUGUGUCAUUGCUAGAGAAUGAAACUUGGUCUAAAGUAGAAGAAAACCCCAUAGAAAGGACUAAUUUUGAAGAGCAUUCAACUGUUAAUGAAACAGACAAGUGUUUAUUGCUAAAUCCUAAUCAAGAUGAUGGGUUCAAUUUUAUUGAUACCUCGAUGUUUUCAGAAGAUGUGUACAAUUUAAAUGAUAGUGAAGACAGUCAACUGCAAGAAACAAUUAUUGAGAUAAAUCUAGGUCUUUCAGAUUUCAUGUUUGAAAAUUUCCAAGACAUGCCGGAAAUAAAAUAAGACUUCAAUAUUGUAUAAAUAUCCGUAAAACAAAAAUUCAAGUUUAAGAAAAAUUACUUGUUAUUACA